CCCGACUCGGAAAUGGCGGAAGAGCGAGGAUACCUGGCGGUCUCCGGGGCCCGCAUCACGCUGCAGUGCCUCCACCACAGCGCCUCCUGCCGGGAGUUCCAGGUGCGCUGCCCGCGGCUACAGCUACGCUCUCUGAGUGCCGUCACGUGCUGCGUGUGGCUCGUGGCUUAUGGGCUCUUCGUCGUCAGCCAGAACAGUAUGGUGCUCUCUGCUUCGAUAUUUAUCACACUGAUUGGGUUACUUGCAUACCUGCACUUUGUGAAAAUUGACCAGGAGUCUCUGCUGAUAAUUGACUCACUUGGAAUACAGAUGACCUCAUCCUACGCAUCAGGGAAAGAGAACACAACCUUUAUAGAGAUGAACCAGGUCAAAGAUGUGGUCAUCAAUGAAGCCAUUUAUAUGCAAAAAGUUAUCUACUACCUGUGUAUCCUUCUCCGAGACCCUAUUGAACCUCAUGCUAUUUCUGAAGUAGUGCCACUAUUUCAAAGCUCCAAGCCACGUCUAGACUGCCUUGUAGAAGUAUACAAAAGCUGCCAAGAAAUCCUGGAGCAGAGGAAAAAGUCUUGAUAUCAGCUUUUAAUCUGAAACUUUUUUUCAAGACAGAAUAACCACAAUAAUAUAAUUUUCCUCUCAAGGUAUUAGGUAAAGCUUUACAAGGUAAGCAUAUUAAUCUUCUUGGCUAUGUUGAUAACUAGUAAGAGUGGAUUCAAAUCCACCAAGGAACUGAAAACUGCUAGUGCCUUUUUGAGCAAGGAUUGAACGUGCAGCCAUGAAGAAAUGUUACAGAAAAAAAUUACUAACCCAGGUUCCACAUUUUCUUCAGUCAACAUAAUGAUGUAAGAAACUCAAUGAUAAUCCUUUUUUUCUGUCAAAAAUUAACCCUCUCUAAAUGACUGGAAAUCUACAAGGAAGGUUCAGCAGAAAUAGGAUGAAAAUAAGGGAUUUUCCCUUUCCUAAAUAAAAUUCUAUGGAAGAAUGGAAUCUGUCCCUAUUAAACUUUGUUUUCUUAUAAUGUUGAGUUGUGAGAUAUGCUUACAUCCAAUAGUGUUCCUUUUACAGUCUUAAUUUUGUUCAUUAGCUUUACAUUACUUGUAUUAAUGGAUUUUGAUGAUUGUAGAAGUAGUUUCCGGUUGGUAGGCGAGAUCAUUUGUAUUUAUGGAAUUCAUAAGCAGUACUGAUUUUUCCUGGCCAUAUGAGGAUGAAGUUUGGUUUUACAAAAGGCCCACUGGAACAUUAGACACUUGCUUCUUGAACAAUAGCUCCUUCUGCCCAGACAUCUACACCUGAAGCUGCAUUUUUUAACUCAAAAGCUGAGUAACAAAACUCCUAUUAAAAGAAUACAACAAAAGAAAAGUUUCUUAUUGUAUUGAAAAUCACAUUUAUCAACAUCACCUUCAUGUUAAUACAGAAUGUCAUAGCUUCUGUGUACAUCAGCAUAAUUGUAAAACAGUGUAAUUUUUCAUCAAUUAUUUCUAAUGUCCAAUUAGGACUAGGUGACUUGGUCAGUAUAAAAUUUUGCUAUAAUGAAAUGAAAAAUCUGUCAAAGUUGCUGCACAGUUUUCUGAAGAGAUGAACUAUAAAUAUUUAGUAACAUGAGAACCUGUAUGAAUCAGAAGAAAGAGAGAUAGGUUAAGAUCUCACUUGGACCAGCUAAUAUGCUUCCAAAUGUGAGUCUCAGUUUCCUAUUUAUAAAAUGGCGAUUUUAAAUUAGUGCAUAAUGUUGUGAUGACAAACACAACUGGAACUGAAGAACUUUCAGCCCAAUGUAAAAAUGAAUUAUCAUUUACUAGUGCAGGUGCUUCUUGAACUGCUAUGCCUGUUAAUGUAAAAUGGAAGCAGUAGGUGAGCUUUCUUAUGCAUGAAAAAAUGCAGUUAAUAUGUAUGUCUUUCCAUAUAAGUAAGCUAAAGGCUGAUAUAAGAGUAAUGAAACUGUUCAGAUUUGCUUCCAGCUUCUAAUCUUAUUUGGAAGUAAGUAAUGAGUGGGAUAAGCAUUUCAAUGCAUACUGUUUGGGAAUAAGGGAUGCUCAGAAUAGUAGUCAACUUGGCUCCUGUAGGUGAAACAAGAAAAAUACAGGCAGAAAAGAAAUACCAGACUCUAAGAGUGUCAUAAUUGCUGCUUUGUCCAUAAAUAUAAAAAGGUCCUCUAUUGAGGUUAGACAGUUGACAGCUGGGAAACACUGAAUUAAUAGCCAUGUAUAGGAUGAAAAAAAUCAAGAAGAAAGCAAGUAUCACAAAGUUAUCAUAGUAUCACAGAUUUCUGCCUGUUUAAAUCAUAUGCAUAGUUAAACCUUAGCCUUCUUAAAAUUGUUAAUGUGUUUUGAACUUGAAAUUAAAUCAAAAAGCACUCCUGAUCAAGAGGUUAUAUAGAAGAGUAACCCAGAGGAAUGAACCUGAAAGUGUAAAAUGGUUGUGAUCAAAGUUUCUGCCAAUGCAUAUUAUAUUGAUACAAUAAAAUUUCUGAUUUUA